AUGCCGAAUAUGGCGGAGGGCGUGGUGUCACGCUUAGGUGCAGACCCGGGUACCGGCCUUUAUGACAUGAUGGCUCCAACCGCUUGCGAUCGAUUCGGCUUCCCGUCUUCUCGGCUCAGUCUUGACAUCGGGCACAGGUAG